CUCGUCGCCAGUCCUCUUCGCCGACUUCCAUGUCCAACAAGCGCACAAGCCGUAAGCAACGACAGGAAGGCGACGGCAACGCAGCUGGGGACAAGCAGCGAAGUGUCCAUUACGUACAAGAGCAUGUUGGAAACAGGGCCAUGAUGCCGAUGCACAUGGGCGCCUAUCCAUUGCCAUACAACCAAUACCAACACCCACCCACGGCCAAUUACGGCUAUCCUGCGUAUCCCUCACAUGCAGGGCAGCAUCCGCAGGGUCAUCAUCAUGGUGCGCCGACACCGCCUACAAAACGGCCGCGCACAGAUGCGCGACUUGCGCGAUUUUCAAGUGGUUCCUACCCACAAGGCGAUCCGUCCCUUGCUUCAUCGCCCUCAUCACGCGCGAACCAUUUGGCUGGCAACAGUGCCCCUUCGCCAAGGCGUACUUUCUCAGAUUUCCGUAUAGCAAGCAUCACGGUGGGUACGUGGCAGACAUGCGCAGACGCGACAGGGACAAGGGAUAGUCGUAUUCGCUUCUACUUUCGACAUGCAAGCGACAGAGAAGCUUCACCAAGUUUAUCUGCCGCUGAGCAAGCAGUUGUGUCGCCUGACCGUAUCAGUAUCUCCUGCUGCGAUGGUCAAAAGCGGAUCGUGAUUCCUGCGCAUCAUGUCAAGCAAGUGACGUAUCUUCGCACAGAAGGCGUGAUGCUUAUUGAAACAGAUGGUUGGGCAGCAUUUCAGGAGCUCAUUCAAGAAGACAAUGCAAAUGCUGGUCGCUGGCAAGGCACUGAAGAGGAUCUCACAGGUGGUCAAUUAGCCGUAUGUAAGAAGAUUCGUUUGGUCAUGGACCAGGCACGUCCCCUGACUGAACCGAAAUGGGCCCGAGCAACGACCGCUGGCGAAGGAAUUGAGCCUAGUUCUCGCUUUUCCCGCAUUACACGGGUCGUGGAUAUUCGGCCUGCUGAGCAAUUCGAGCAUUGGCUCACAGGUUGGGCGCAGGGAAGUAGUGAGCGUGAAGGGUAUGCAUCCAUUGUAAAGCAGGAUUUGGACGCCCUUAUCCAACUUGUCGCCUCUUCUCUUGCCACCGAAGAAAUCUGCGCGACGCCAUUGGAGAAACUUCUUGAUGGCUUAUCGAAAUUGGUGCUUGCUCACUUGCAGACGCAUGAGGCUAUGGAGAGUCCAGUGGCAGAUUUAUGCAGACGUACUCUCUUGGCUCUGCCAGCUGCACGCUUUUCACAAGCAUUGGAGAGUCGAUUCCUAGCAGUCUGUGGUGGACCUAGCAAUCCCGGUAAAUAUCACGACGCAGCAGCGGCAGCGGAAGCUGGUGGAUAUGGAUUUAAACGACAACGCGGUGAGAGUGAAGUACCGAGUGAUGCCCUUGCGCGUGCAACAUUAGAUGAGAAGCGACGUCGACUGAGUGAGUCUGGGCGUGGUAGGACCGUGCAAGAUGCCGUGGAGGCAAUCACUACGCCUGUGCCAGCGCUUGCGUCGCCAUCACCUGGACCGACGAUCGAAUCAACAACAACAAAUACAAUCAAGGCUGAAGCGUCGCCUGUUGUUGGACGGCUUGUGCGACGCUCCGAGUCCGCUGAUGGUCGAUUGAUGUUACGCCCGCUGCCUCCUUGGUCUCGUCGAUACUUUGAGCAGCCUGAAGCUCCGCAAGAGGCAGUUGUGGAUGGGACGGAGGAGGAAGAAGAGGACUCUGUGCCGCUGGCAGAAGACGACGGCAUAGUAGCGUGGAAGCGCUUGUGA